AUGCAUCACCCGACUAUACCGCAGCUUUUCCUGGCUUUUCUCCUACCAGCCUCCGUUCUCUCUUAUGGCGGCGCAUCCUCGCCAAAACCACCAGGCAACAAAGCCAUCCUACUCUCCAAUGUCCAGACUUUGACGCUCCGAGGAGAUCGACUCACUUCCUCUCGUCGCGUUUCUCCGAUCCCCCAACUACAAUGCGUUGGGCCAUCGAAGAAAAUCUGCCAAUCGUACCCAAUUGAUGUGAUGCGGUGCACCAACGCCGGCUCCGACUAUAACGAAGAAGAUGUUCAGUGGACUUGCACCGCUUCACUACCACCAGAACUCAAACUGGGCUCGACGGACGUGAUUUGUGAAGGAUACCGGAAUGCGGACGAUCCUUGGGUCUUGAAAGGUAGCUGUGGCGUUGAAUACCGGCUCCUCUUGACGGACCUGGGCGAGAAGAAAUUCGGACGACAACACGACGACAAUUUGUCGCAGGGUAUUGCGCGUAAUAAAUGGCAGAAGCUACUGGCUGUGGUUGGGGAUAUCAUAUUUUAUGGGUUCAUCGCCGCAGUUUUCGCGUAUAUAUUGGUGCCCAUGGUGAUCCAAUGCUUUGGGGGUCAAGGUGAUCGAAGACGCCGUACGCCUGGCCGUGGCUGGGGUGGUGGAUCUGGUGGUGAUGGUGGCGGUGGAGGCGGAGGCGGAGGAGGAGGCCCGUAUUAUGACCCUCCGCCGCCAUAUAGCACUCAUCCUGAUAGCUCUCGUGGAUGGAGACCUGGGUUUUGGACCGGCGCGUUGGGAGGUGCCGCGGCUGGGUACAAUCUCGGCAGAAGGCAAAGCGGUUAUAACUCGUCUGCAUUUACGAACCGACAGCCGUCAUCAUCCAGGCACCGGAACAACUCAUAUGACUCGGGACAAGGCAGCUCGCGGUCUGCGUUUCAAUACUCUGAUGCCACUACUACGAGUACUGGCUUUGGAUCAACCAGGCGCCGAUAG